GUUGCUACUCUGACCACAACCACCACGACUAGGGCGACAGACGGACCGUUACAGCCUCGUUAAAUACAAUCCUUUACUUCCGCGCACCAUGCCAAGCGAUUCAACUAUUCAUGCCGUCGCGGGGGCCGCGGGCGGAGUUCUUGCAAUGACAGCAACAUAUCCCCUGAUCUUCCUCUCGACGCGGGCUGCGGUCGAAGUCAAGAAGGAACACAAGUCCGUGUACGAGGCGGCCUUGUCAAUAAUCAAGCGCGAAGGCAUCCGCGGACUCUACAGCGGUCUCAACUCUAGCCUGCUUGGCAUUGCAAUCACAAACGGCGUUUAUUAUUAUUUCUAUGAGCGGUCGCGCGGCAUUAUUCUCACCUCGAGACGAGGCGGCAAAGGACUCAGUACCCUGGAAUCCGUGAUGGCGGGUCUCAUUGCUGGGUCGGCCACAACCAUAAUUAGCAAUCCCAUUUGGGUGGUGCAGGCGUCGCAGGCAGUCCGCUCAAUGGACCAAACGUCAGACCAGACCGCACCGAAGCCAAGGAAGAUGGGAAUCAUCGAGACCAUUCAGUAUAUCUUGCGCAAGGAUGGGAUCGCCGCGCUUUGGCGAGGAAUCGGGCCCGCGUUGGUCCUUGUGGUCAACCCCGUUAUCCAGUAUACGGUGUUCGAGCAGCUGAAGAACUUCUUGGUCCGGCGGAGGACCGCGCGGCUUAGAGCUUCCGGGGCGAUGGCAUCUGCUGUAGCGGCCUUGUCCGAUAUCGACUACUUCAUCCUCGGCGCGUUGUCGAAACUCGUCGCUACUUCAUCUACGUACCCCUACAUCGUUAUCAAGAGCAGGCUCCAGGCCGGGCAGACGCAUGCUCUGCGAUACAAGUCCUCUCUCGAUGGACUUCUCACUAUUGUACGGGAAGAGGGGGUUGAAGGCCUGUACAAGGGCGUUGGAAGCAAGCUGCUGCAGAGCGUGUUGACUGCCGCUAUCUUGUUCGUGUGCCAGAGGAGGAUGUAUGAGCUUACGAAGAAGGCAAUCGCAUUGGCGUAGUAGCUGAGGAUUUGGGGUGUAUACACUUAAUCUCGUUGUGUAUAGCAUUCCAAGAGUGGAUUGUGGCCAGAAUUGCUGGUGUUGGCGCACAUAGGACUCCAUCCAAGACCACAUCGUGUACCCGAAUCUCCCGAUAUGUUGCCCUUAAUUCCAUUUACCAGCAAUGCUGGGCGUCUAAUUGAGGA